UUUAGCUCUUCUGCGCAUUUGGGAAACCUAACGACGCGACGACGGCGAAUUGGUAGAUUUGGAUCGCGAGAGAGCGCCUGCGGAAGGGAUUGGGCACCACUUCGCACCAGCUCUGCGGUUCCCUAGACAUCUACAUUUCUGUUUAUACCGGGGAUCGGAUCAUACAUAUAAAACAUGAGCGUUGUCGGAUUUGAUGUUGGGAACGAGAGCUGCAUUGUUGCCGUGGCCCGGCAACGCGGAAUCGACGUGGUUCUUAACGAUGAAUCAAAGCGCGAGACCCCUGCUGUUGUCUGCUUUGGCGAGAAGCAGCGGUUUAUUGGGACCGCGGGUGCCACAUCCUCCACGAUGAACCCCAAGAACUCGGUCUCACAGAUAAAGCGCCUGGUUGGUCGGAAAUUUUCGGAUCCAGAAGUGCAGAGGGAUAUCCAGUUGGUCCCGUUUAAGGUUACUGAAGGGCCUGAUGGGUUUCCGCUGAUCCAUGCAAACUACCUUGGAGAGCAGAAAACCUUUUCUCCGACACAGAUUCUUGCAAUGGUUCUUUCUAAUCUGAAGAGCAUUGCGGAGAAUAACUUAAAUGCUGCAGUAAUGGAUUGCUGUAUUGGAGUUCCGGUUUACUUCAAUGAUCUCCAGAGAAGAGCUGUGAUAGAUGCUGCUACGAUUGCUGGUCUCCGCCCUCUCCGCUUGUUCCAUGAGACUACUGCUACUGCAUUGGCUUAUGGUAUCUAUAAGACGGACUUGCCAGAAAACGAUCAGCUUAAUGUGGCUUUUGUUGAUGUGGGCCACGCAAGCAUGCAGGUUUGCAUUGCUGGUUAUAAGAAGGGGCAACUGAAGAUCUUGGCACACUCUUAUGAUCGAUCCCUUGGUGGGAGAGAUUUCGAUGAAGUGCUUUUCAAGCACUUUGCAGUCAAGUUCAAAGAUGAGUAUAAAAUUGAUGUGUAUCAGAAUGCCCGGGCCUGUCUCAGGCUCCGCACGGGCUGUGAGAAGCUGAAGAAGAUGCUCAGUGCAAAUCCAGAGGCUCCAAUGAGCAUUGAGUGCUUGAUGGACGACAAGGAUGUGAGAGGUUUUAUCAAGAGAGAAGAGUUUGAACAGAUCAGUGUACCCAUUUUGGAGAGAGUCAAGCAACCUUUGGAGAAGGCUCUUUCAGAGGCUGGGCUGAGCCUGGAAAAUAUUCAUUCAGUUGAAGUUGUUGGGUCAGGGUCCCGUGUUCCAGCGAUUAUUAGGAUUUUGACUGAAUUUUUUGGUAAAGAGCCUAGGCGUACCAUGAAUGCAAGUGAGUGUGUCGCUCGGGGCUGUUCCCUUCAGUGUGCCAUUCUAAGUCCCACAUUCAAAGUGCGGGAAUUUCAGGUUCACGAGAGCUUCCCUUUCCCAAUAGCCUUAUCAUGGAAAGGAUCUGCCUCUGACUCUCAGAAUGGUGGAACAGAAAACCAACAGAGUACAAUUGUGUUUCCAAAAGGGAACCCACUUCCUAGUGUCAAAGCUCUUACAUUCUUUAGAUCUAGUACAUUCACAGUCGAUGCUGUUUAUGCUGAUACAGCUGAUGUGCAAGUUCCAGCAAAGAUCAGCACUUACACGAUUGGACCUUUCCAGUCCAGCAAAGGAGAGAGGGUGAAGCUGAAAGUAAAAGUUCGCUUAAGUCUCCAUGGAAUUAUUUCUGUUGAGUCAGCUGUUAUGUUGGAGGAGGAAGAAGUUGAAGUUCCUGUCUCAGCUGCACCAGAGCUACCUAAGGAAUCUACAAAGAUGGACACAGAUGAAGCAGUAAACGAAGCCUCCAAAACUGAAACUGAUUUAAACAUGGAGGAUGCUAAAAGUGCCAGUAAUAGUUCUGCUAGUGGGGUUGACAAUGGGGUACCAGAGUCUAAUGAUAAACCUGUGGAGAUGGAAACUGAUAACAAGGUUGAAGCUACUAAAAAGAAAGUCAAGAAAACUAAUGUGCCUGUGGUGGAGCUUGUGUAUGGCGGCAUGUCGGCUGAAGAGUUGCAAAAGGCUGUGGAGAAAGAGUUUGAAAUGGCUCUUCAAGAUAGAGUAAUGGAGGAAACCAAAGACAAGAAAAAUGCUGUGGAGGCAUAUGUUUAUGACAUGCGAAACAAGCUCUAUGAUAAGUAUCAGGAAUUUGUUACACCAUCAGAGAAAGAUGAGCUUAUUGCAAAGCUUCAGCAAGUUGAGGAUUGGUUGUAUGAAGAAGGUGAAGAUGAAACUAAGGGUGUUUAUGUUGCAAAGCUUGAGGAGCUUCAAAAGCUAGGUAACCCAAUUGAGGUGCGUUACAAGGAGUGGACAGAAAGAGGUCCUGCAAUAGCUCAACUUGCUUAUUGCAUCAAUAGUUUCAGAGGAGCAGCCUUAUCCAAAGAUCCUAAGUUUGACCACAUUGAUAUAGCAGAGAAGCAGAAGGUUGUUAGUGAGUGUAGUGAUGCAGAAGCAUGGUUGAGGGAGAAGCAGCAGCAGCAGGAUGGCUUACCCAAAUAUGCCACUCCAGUGCUUCUCUGCGCUGACAUAAAGAGGAAAACUGAGGCACUAGACAGGUUUUGUAAGCCAAUAAUGACCAGGCCUCCGCCACCGAAACCUCAGACCCCUCCUACUGCAACACCAGGAGAGCAGCCUCAAGCCGCUGAGCAGCAGAAACCAGGAGUGCAUGCAUCAGGGGAGCCCAUGGCCGAAGAGGGCAGUCAGGUACCACCUGCAGCAGCUCCAGAGCCAAUGGACACUGACAAAUCAGAGAGCGUACCUGCAGCAUGAAAACAUCGAGCUUCUCUAGUUAGCCUUUGCUUCAGAAUCAUUUUGGUUGUCAGCAUUUGGGCAACAAGAGAUUGGUCAAUGGAGGUUUCUCUGAAGGUCUUAAAUGCGUGCUUGAGAUUUUUUAAUCGCCUAGAAUAGAGUUAUGAAAUGAAAAGAAAAUUCCCAUAAUUCCCAUCAGUUUGACUGUACUGAGAUUUUUAUCCUACAUUGUUUCAGGGGCACAUUGUAAUUUUUCGACAGUCCUUUUUAUCUGUAUUGCCAUUCUCAAAGACUGCAUGACAAGUGAUGUUUCCGUUUCAUAUUGAAGGUAUAUAUAUCUAUUUGGGCUCA